AUGAAUUCGAAAAGACAACUCGAGCAGUUGAGAAGAGGAGAAAUAAUUUCAGAAAAGGAAGUAAAGGAAUUAUGUGAAAAGGCAACAGAGAUUUUGAUCGAAGAGAGCAAUGUACAAAAAGUAGAUUCGCCUGUUACUAUUUGUGGCGACAUUCAUGGCCAAUUUCAUGACUUGAAAGAGCUAUUCCGUGUCGGUGGAGAAUGUCCAGAGACAAAUUACUUAUUUAUGGGUGAUUUUGUCGAUCGUGGAUACUAUUCUGUUGAAACAUUUUUGUUGCUACUUGCUUUGAAAGUUCGAUACCCUGAUAGGAUUACAUUGAUUAGAGGAAACCAUGAGAGUAGACAGAUCACACAAGUAUAUGGAUUUUAUGAUGAAUGUAUUCGUAAAUAUGGCUCAGCUACCGUUUGGCGAUACUGUUGUGACAUUUUUGAUUUUUUGACACUGAGUGCUAUUAUUGAUGAUAAGGUGCUAUGUGUGCAUGGUGGGCUUUCUCCAAGCAUAAAUACAUUGGAUCAAAUACGAACAAUUGAUAGAAAACAAGAAGUACCUCAUGACGGAGCAAUGUGUGAUUUGCUUUGGUCAGAUCCAGAAGAAAUCGAAGGUUGGGGUUAUAGCCCAAGAGGUGCAGGUUAUUUAUUUGGAGGAGACGUAGUAGAAGCAUUUUUACGUACAAAUGGAUUAAACUUUAUUGCACGCGCGCACCAAUUGGUCAUGGAAGGAUAUAAGCCCAUGUUUGACCAUAAAAUAGUCACUGUUUGGUCAGCACCCAACUACUGUUAUCGAUGUGGAAAUGUGGCAGCGAUACUCAAAUUAGAUGAGCACUUGAAUACGGAAUAUAAAAUGUUUGAUGCUGCACCUCAGGCAGCGAGAAAUACACCAAACAAGAGUGCCUUACCGGACUACUUUCUUUAA